AUGGCAAGACAACGUCGUGGAGCUGCAGGUGCUAAUGAGCUGCGAACUCAUCUAUUUUUUACAAGUCAACUUGAACGUCAUCCCUCGAGGCGUAAGCGGCGAAAACGCAACAAACUGCAUCAGUUAAUGCAUCGUAAAGAUGAAAUGGUGCAAACAGGACCUCCUGAAUUAGAGCCAUCCCUUUGGUCUGGCAAUCAGCGAGUGCUUCAUUUUGGACCUAUGGCUCAACGUGAUCCAUUCUUCUAUUAUUAUCCGAAAGGAUGGGAUGUACUCUAUCCAGCGCAUUUCGGUUUUUUUCCGUAUCGUGCAACGAAAUUUCGAGGCUCGUCAUCAGCUAUUUGCAUAAGUGCGUUUGGUAUUUUUUUGUCAUUAGGAGGCACUAUGAUGUUAUUCUUAGCUCAUUUUUCAAUGAACGAUUCUCCACUAUAUUACUUGGAGAAUUAUUAUGAAAAACCGAUACAAUUCGCUGGUUCAGCAUUUCUCGUUUGUGGUAUUCUACUCGUAUUUGCGUCAGCCAUUUGCGCUUUGCCAUCAAUAAAGGUUUGUAUAUGGAUAAAUUUGUGUUUAUAUCCAAACGAACCCAUCGGUAAUUAUGAAAAAUCUCCUUUCCAAUCAAUGCCUCCUCCUGCAUACCCAGUGUUGGAAAAUAAAUACACGAAUAUGGCAUUGUUUAACUCACAAUCAGAGUUAAAGCUAUAUCCACCAGUAAUGCCUGGUUGUUCGACUCUUUCGUUGCAUGAUCGCUCAUCAAGUUCUUAUUUCGCCAACCCAUACAACACUUUACGGGCCGUUUCUGCAACUAAUCCACGAGCCGGCUCAUUAACAGGUUUACGAAGACUUUCAAACGAUUCAUUGCAACGUACUCGUCGGGCUAAAAGCGUCGCAGCUUCUUUAACAAGGACUGAUCGAAAUCGACGUACUUGA